UCGCGCACCCUGCACGUGCAAAGAGCAUCUUUGUCAACAAGACGAUUUCGAGCUCCUAGCGACCCGAAAUACAAACCACAAAAUAGUAUAGAUCCAUAUGAUGGCGGCAAAGGCGGUGCUUGUUCGGCCCAACGUGACCGCGGCGGCUCUGUGCUUGGUGCGCGGCCGUCCCCAGACCACAUCCCCUUCAUUUUUCCAUCGAAGCGCGACGGCGACGCGGGCGAGGCACGAUGUUUGGAGUGGUCGGUCGCUGUUUACGGCGAAGUUUCAUCUUCCCCGCUCAGUCCACCGGCGGAAUUUGAGCGUCCGAGCGACGACGGACUCCGAAAACCCCUCUGCCUCCUUCGAAUCUCCGCUGAUGCAAUCAAUGGAGAAUAAGAUCAAGGAACACUUAAAUGCAGAGUCAGUUAUUGUGAAGGAUGCAUAUGGUGAUGGCCGCCAUGUUAGCAUAGAGGUUGUUUCUUCAGCUUUUGAGGGCCAAUCUGCUGUGAAUCGGCAAAGGAUGGUUUACAAGGCAAUAUGGGAAGAACUUCAGGACAGAGUGCAUGCUGUUGACCAGAUGACGACACGGACUCCAGCCGAAGUAGGGCAGUGAUAUAUGAGAAAAGUUAUCAAGUGUAUCCAUCAAGACUUCGACCUAUUCAGCAUUUGCGUUUCAUUCACUUACUUGUCAUACAACAAUUGUGUGGUGCAGUUUAGUUUUGCUGCUGGUUGUGAAAGGCCGGAAAGAAUAUUUUAAUUUAAAAUUCAUGAUGAAAUUAUUUGCAAUGUUGCCUGCCUGCCCAGUGACUUACUCUCUCAUUACUGAUAGCCUUCGAUGCACUGUAGCACUAAAGGCUGUAUGACACUGCAUUUUUGGUGGAAAGGUUGAACCUCUGAUGCCCAAAGUCGAGUUGGGGAGAUGUCUUAAAAUGAACAUGUUAUGUUACAAAA